UUGAGCGAGUUUCUCUGGUAACUUUUUUAUCUGGCCUUAAUUACAAUAUGUAAUAAAAAACAAGAAAAAAGUAAUCUAAGCCUAUUUCAGCCGCCGCCACCCAGCCCCCAAUCCUUUCCUCCUCCCACCACGGCAGCCUCUUGUACCCGGAACCCCUCACCAGCGACCACAGCUCCUUCCCCAACGAAGCAGCUUCUUCCAACGCCCUCAGCUACGCAGCUUCUCAGCCCAACGACGACAGCAACUUCGAGUGCAGCGACGAUAGCCCCUCACUGAGAACCACGUCCUUGCCUCGCUCACAGUCACAGCCCUUCUUUAACCAAUAGCUUCUUCCCUUGCGUGACCCCUCUCUCCAUUUUCGUUAGCCGUAGGACCCACACACGAAGAGUUCCCAGACAAAUCUGAUUGGAACUGAUGGCUCUGUGGAGAGCUCGUGCAGCUUCAUUGCCUCUCUUGAAGAUGCUUGUGCAACCUGCUUCUUCCCUCUCUGUUGACAAUGGUUUUCGCAGUUUUUCCACUGCUGAUACUGGUUCACUACGGGACAAGAUGAUGAAACAAAUGGCUCAUCUUGAUAUCAAUGCACAAGUAGGGUCUUGCAUGCCUUUAGCUUCUAUGCGUAUUGGAACAUUGAUCCACAACAUUGAGAUGAACCCAGGUCAAGGUGGAAAAUUGGUUAGAGCUGCAGGAACUUGUGCCAAGAUCUUGAAAGAGCCAACAUCAAGAUUUUGUUUGGUGAAACUACCUUCAGGUGCAGAAAAAUUGAUUGAUUCUCGGUGUCGUGCCACAAUCGGUAGAGUCUCGAACCCUAGCCAUAAUACUCGAACACUUAGGAAGGCUGGGCAGAGCAGAUGGUUGGGUCGAAGGCCAGUGGUUCGAGGAGUGGCAAUGAAUCCAGUUGAUCAUCCUCACGGUGGAGGUGAGGGUCGGAGCAAAAGCAGUGGGUCCUUUGGAAGGGUGUCACAAACACCAUGGGGCAAGCCAACAAAGUGUGGUAGGAAUCAAGAACGUAAGCGAAAUGGCAAAUUUAAAUAAGGUUGUUUCUAUUUGGUUCCUUGGUUUGCCAUGUGACUUUGAUGCACUUAAAAUGGUUCUAGCACUGAUGGUUUCCCACCAAGCGAACUUCUCAAGUGAAAUUCGCUUCUGGAUGGGGUUAAUUUGCGUUGUUUCAUUACUUCAAGUUUAACUGAUUUGGGUAUUCCCCAUCAUGGUUCUAGAAUUGAUGCUGUGUAUGAGCUCAUUUGCUGCUCAUUUUUGCUGUUUUGAUUUUUGAACUUUGUUCUAUCUGAUUACAAGAGGGCUAUCAUGUUCUGUUUGGUAA